AUGGUAUAUAGCGGACAAGCAGCCGGUGGUCAUUAUCAACACACGGGCUCUGGUGAAUACAUUUGCCUCCCAAACGACCCUGAGUAUGACAGAUAUAAUCAAAUCAAUGAUGAUUAUAGAUCACUGAUGUAUGGGGCUGAGUACGAAACAGGCCACAAUCCUCCAGCUUUAGGCGAUCUCUACGAGAAUGACGUACCGUGUUCUGUUUGUUUUGCUCGCGGUAAGACAACAUUGAUGAUACCUGUCCGUACAUCGUGCUACAACGGAUGGACCAAGGAGUACCAGGGAUACCUGAUGGGGGAGUACCAUGGGUCUCAAGGAAAAGGAUAUGUACGCAUGGACAAAAACGCCGAGGCGCUGCAUUCCAGCUAUGCUAAUCUAAAUGGCGCUCUGUUCUUCAAUGUCGAAGGUCGGUGUGGUACAUUGAAAUGUCCUCCGUAUAUCGAGGGAGCAGAACUAGCCUGUGUCGUUUGUUCAAAAUCCACAUAA